AUGAGGCAUUGGAAGAUUUGCACUGAUCUGACACGAUGCCUUUUGACGAUUGCUAUCAUACAGCAGCUUUUGUUGCCAUCCGUGUUGGCAUCAGUGCCUCAGCUGCCUCCAACGGUGGUGAUCCGCAAUCUGGCCAGGGGAUCGGCUUUGAAGAUGAUGGCAGACCUAAGUGGUGGCUUGCCCAUGGAAAUAUGGAAGUCGUCCGUGGUCUUGCAGCAUAUUCGGACUAAGGACGGGAAGAAUAGAAAAAACGACCUCCAGGUCCUGCAAACGUUGAUUGAGGAGCGUGGAUUUUCAAGUCUGUGGACGGGAUGUUCAGCUCGCAUGGUGGAGGGCUUUUUUAGUGGAGCCGUGUUGCUGACGGGGAAAGAAACCCUGAGGCGAUCAUUGCUAGCAUCGCCCGUGGUCCGAAAAACAGUGCCUCCGGCAGUGAUUGGAUUCGUCGCCGGUGCCGGGGGAGGGGCUGCACAAGCCCUGAUAAUGGCACCAACCUCUCUUUUGGUGACGGCGUCCACUGCCAAAGGUGGUCAAUCCGUCGUUGCCGCUGCCAAGGAAGUGUGGCAAAGAGAUGGUCUAGCGGGAAUCUACAAGGGAUCUUCAGCAGUAGCUGCCCGCCAGGCUACCAAUUGGGCAUCACGGCAAGGAUUUACCGAGCUUGUGCGUCCCCACAUCAACAUUGCGGGGGUAUCAGGAGAGAUUAUUGCAGGGUGUUUGGGAGGGGCGCUAAGUUCGUGGAAUACUCCUUUUGAGGUUGCUCGAAUACAUUCUCAGUCGAGGUUAUACCUACCGGUUCAGAAGAAGAAUGACUACAAAACACUACAGUCCGAGUCUCUGAUAACUACGAUGAGACAAAUACUUGAAGAGGAUGGGGUCAGUGGCCUUUACGUUGGGCUCACCCCAAGGAUAUUCCAAGCUUGCUAUCAGACGGUUUUCUUGGUCUGCAUUCCAAGGCUCAUUGAGAGAUGA